AUGGCGACCCCCAAUAACCUGACCCCCACCAACUGCAGCUGGUGGCCCAUCUCGGCGCUGGAGAGCGAUGCGGCCAAGCCGGUGGAGGCCCCCGAAGCAUCCGAAGCGGCCAGCCACGCCCAUUGGCCCAAGGAGAGCCUGGUUCUGUACCACUGGACCCAGUCCUUCAGCUCGCAGAAGGUGCGGCUGGUGAUCGCCGAGAAGGGCCUGGCGUGUGAGGAGCGGGACGUGAGCCUGCCGCAGAGCGAGCACAAGGAGCCCUGGUUCAUGCGGCUCAACCUGGGCGAGGAGGUGCCCGUCAUCAUCCACCGCGACAACAUCAUCAGCGACUACGACCAGAUCAUCGACUACGUGGAGCGCACGUUCACGGGAGAGCACGUGGUGGCGCUGAUGCCCGAGGCGGGCAGCCCCCAGCACGCGCGGGUGCUGCAGUACCGCGAGCUGCUGGACGCGCUGCCCAUGGACGCCUACACGCACGGCUGCAUCCUGCACCCCGAACUCACCGCCGACUCCAUGAUCCCCAAGUACGCCACGGCCGAGAUCCGCAGACAUUUAGCCAAUGCAACCAUGGACUUCAUGAAAUUGGACCAUGAAGAGGAGCCCCAGCUCUCUGAUCCCUACCUUUCUAAACAGAAGAAGCUCAUGGCCAAGAUCCUGGAGCACGAUGAUGUGAGCUACCUGAAGAAGAUCCUGGGGGAGCUGGCCAUGGUGCUGGACCAGAUCGAGGCUGAGCUGGAGAAGAGGAAGCUUGAGAACGAGGGGCAGAAAUGUGAGCUGUGGCUCUGCGGCUGUGCUUUCACCCUUGCUGAUGUCCUCCUGGGAGCCACCCUGCACCGCCUCAAAUUCCUGGGACUGUCCAAGAAAUACUGGGAAGAUGGCAGCCGGCCCAACCUGCAGUCCUUCUUUGAGAGGGUCCAGAAACGCUUUGCCUUCCGGAAAGUUCUGGGCGACAUCCACACCACUCUGCUGUCAGCAGUCAUCCCCAACGCGUUCCGGCUGGUCAAGCGGAAACCCCCAUCUUUCUUUGGGGCAUCCUUCCUCAUGGGCUCCCUGGGCGGGAUGGGCUACUUUGCCUACUGGUACCUCAAGAAAAAAUACAUCUAAAGCCAGGCCCCGGGCUUGGUGUCUGACUGUUGGUGUCUCUGUCCUGUGUGAUUCCCAGUGAGCUCUCAGUAACGCACCGUCUCAUGCACACUUGGACAGCCCCUCCCACCCCUUGUUUGGAGCAAUUCUAUCGUCAGUCUGAAAACAUUCCAUAGUUUAGGAGUAGAUGUUGCCACUGCCGUGAGUUGAGGCCACGGUUCUACUGAAGGAGAGAAAGAGUGAGUGGGAGAGAGAGAGAAAGAGAGAGAAACAAACAAAAACACGAAUGCCUUUUUUUUUUCGAUUCAAGGUCUCAAGAUGGAACUGUGGGGACUGGUUAGGAUCCAAGGGAACUCUUCCACAGGACAAAGCCAACAUCAAGACUUGACUCUUCUAAGCGCUACCUCCAGGUGGGGCUGGAGACCUGGAGACCCCACAGGAGGCCCCUGAAGACUGGAAGGGGCUUCAUUCUCCUCCUGGAAGUGAACUGAGACAGCACUGGCUGGGCCAAGGCAGUGACUUCCAGCCACAGGCCAUGUCUGGGGCCGACGCCAUGAGCACACCCUCCCAUCCCCCUCUUGAUUUGGCCAGUGUGCUCGGUCGGGCACUUUACUGGAAGUCCCUGAAGGCAGUGUCCAUCCUCCUCUUCCCACCCGGAGCUGAGUUUUCCCACCAUGUGAGGUGGACUUUCAGGAAAAGGCACAUUGAUCUUCUCUCGGAAGUUCAGCCCUGGCCGGAGCGCAGGGGUGGGUCUGGAGGUGGAUGUCCCUCCUCCAGCCUCUGCCAAAGCCAUCUCUGUUAACGUCUGCCUUCCCCUUCACUCUCGGGGCUCCCCCCACGCCCUACCAUGCCAUGCAGGGGGGUUUCUGCGUCCACGCUGCCCGUCCUUGCGGCGUCUCACUUCCCUGUGCCUUUUGCAUGUUGGGAGAGGGUCUGGGUGUCACUGCUGCUCAUGCUUAGAAAACACUGAAAGCCCCCAAUAAAAAGCAUCA